UUCUCCCUCAGAGACCCGUUAUUCUAUCGCGAGAAACUUUAGAAUGUUGUUAGAAAGAAGAACAACGAUCAAAAGCAUUGAAAAGGCUUAAUUUUUUGCCGAAAAUAUAGUAAUGUGGAAGCUAAAUCAGUUUAUACCAGAUGAUGAUGGGGAGAGAGAGGAGAGUUUAUUAGAAGAAGAAUCAGAUGGGAUUUGUUCCCUUUCUCCUACGCAGAGGCUGUAUGCAUUUGCUGCUUCUUUGGCCGCUGGUUUGAUUCUUAUGUUCGUGGCAUCUAAGAGGGACAAGUUGUCAGCAUCUGCAGAUCACUUGGCUUUUGUCAUGCUUCCACUACAUCUAUCACACCUUUCCUUGAUUGUCUUUGCCAAGCCUAUCAAAUUUGCACUAUUGUUCACCUUUGGCAAUGUGUUGGCAGUUGGAAGCACAGCCUUCCUCAUUGGACCUGAGCGACAGCUAGGUAUGAUGUUUGACCCUGUCCGCAUAUAUGCAACAGUUAUUUACAUCGGAUGUGUUGUUCUGGCUCUCAUUUUUGCUCUCUUGAUUCAUAGCAAGAUUUUAACAGUGUUUGCAAUCAUAUUCGAGAUUUGUGCCCUUAUCUGGUACGGUCUGAGCUAUAUUCCUUUUGCUCGGAGAAUGGUGUCUAGUUUGAUGAUCCGAUUAUGCGACACUGAGUUAUAGGCUCAUAGCUAAUGCAAAUUCUAGGAGGGCAAUAAAAUGAGAGAUUCUUGAAACCUAGGCUUAUGGCUGCUGUCUUCCUGCUUUUCAUCUGAGUUCGUGCAGAAAGAAUUUUUUCCACUUGAAUUUAGAGCUUGGCUUUUCUGAUUGUUAAUUUGGCAUUAUAUGGUUAAUGGUUUCUUAUUUCAAUUUCAUUUACUUUUACCUCGUCUCCUUUCAACUUUCCUUAGGCUAAAGGAACAUGGCCUUGAGCCGAAGAGACCUGGUACAUUCGGCUACACUUUUUGCUUUUGCAAAAAAUACUAUCUGCUUGCAAGUUGUAGAUAUGCAAAGACAAUAUGAAGAUUGAACUCUUUCCUGA